AUGUCCCAAUCACCCGAACUGCCUAAAACAACCAACGGUGACAAUGAAUACGUUCACAUACGCUGUCUCAUCGCCAAUAUACACAAACCGAGAAAUGUGUCGAGGCCCCCGGUGUCCGAGUCGCCGCUGGAGGUAGUUAAAGAGUCACCGACGUCUUCUGAUGCAGAUCCCAGCUGCUCCGAGUCCGAUAUCUCCGAGAGGUCGGAGACAUCAAAUGUGAACGAUACAAACAACACUGAAGAAGCUCCUCCGAGGAGAGCUAAGAGCAACAGUUUCGCUGGUGCUAUGCUCGCUCCUCCGAUGUUCAACAAGAAGCGGAGGCCGUCCUUCCUUCACCUCACCGUCGGUGGUGGGAACGAGCACUCUGGGCCUUUGUCAGCAGGGUCACACUUCAACGUGCCCCGCUUCACUGUCACAGCACCACCCGGGGAGCAUCGCCGUUUCAGUCAUGGCUUCCCGUUCCAUGGCUUUGCUCUUCGACGUCAUUCCAAUACGAGCCUUCACCGCACCGAGUCGAUGGUGUCCCUGGCUUGCUUCAAGACGCUCUCUCAGCUGGUCAACACAGAUGGGAACGAGUUGCAGAACUUCCUAUCAUCUAACAGAAACAUAAACGUCGACGACAAAGACGAUAAUGGUACCACCGCGCUUAUGGUUGCGAGUGAGUGCGGGCGGCUGUCGGCGGUGCGUUUGUUACUGGGUUCAGGUUCGGACGCGUGUGCAGCUGAUGGUGAUGGAUGGACGAGCCUCGCGUUCGCAGCCAGGGGAGGGCACCUGGCCGUGGUGCAGGAACUUAUUGACGCUGGCGCCGUCAUCGAUAGCAGGGAUUGUGGAGGAUGGACGCCUCUCAUGUGGGCUUCAUACAAAGGUCACGAAGAAAUCGUCGUAUUGCUUUUGGAAAAAGGCGCCGACGUACACGCACAUGGCAACUACAAUAUAAAUUCUUUAGUAUGGGCAGCUGGUCGACGUCAUAGUGGCGUGGUGACUCGCUUAUUAUCAGCGGGUGCUCGUCCCAAUUCCUGCGACAAGUACGCCACAUCAGCCCUCACAUGGGCAGCCCGGGCCGGAGACACGGCUUCAUGCGCCGCGCUCCUACGAGCUGGGGCCGACCCUAACACAGCUGGCAUGUACUGUUGGACACCAUUACUACAAGCUACUCACGGUAACCACUUCGAAAUAGUCCAAAUGUUGCUGGAACACAAACCCAACGUGAACGCGUUGGAUAAGGAUGGUUGCACAGCGCUAGCUAUAGCUUGUAAAGAAGGAUAUUAUGAUAUCGCAUUGGCCUUAAUAAACACUGGGGCGUAUAUUAACGUGCAGGAUCACUCAAAGGACACGCCCCUUAUAUACGCUGUGAAGGGUGGAUAUAAGAACAUAGUAGAGGCUUUGUUGAAGAAGCAUGUAGAUGUUGACCUGCCAGGGAAGGAGAAGAAGACACCGGUGUAUACAGCAGUGGAGAAAGGUCACGUCGCCAUAUUGAAACUCCUGCUGGCUUCAAAUCCUGAUUUGGAACAUUGCACCACCAAGGUUGGCAGUGAAUACGGUGACACGGCCCUUCUACGUGCUGUUCGGUCCCGGAACGCAGAAAUGGUGGCUUUGUUACUAGAGAGACGAGCCCGUGUCGCAGCCGCUGAUAACAGGGGAGAUACAGCGCUACACGUCGCUAUGAGGGCUCGGUCAAAGCAAAUUGUUGAAAUCCUCUUGCGGAACCCAAAGAACAGCCAGCUCUUAUACAAACCGAAUAAAAUGAACGAAACUCCAUACAACAUAGAUAUGAGUUACAACAAGACGAUAUUGGGUCAAAUAUUUGGAGCUCGUAAACUAAACACCAACGAGGAUAAUGAGAAUAUGCUGGGAUACGAACUGUAUAGCGCGGCGUUGGCUGAUAUGCUCUCAGAACCGAGUCUCUCAGUACCCAUCACUGUGGGGCUCUACGCUAGAUGGGGUUCAGGGAAGUCAUUUCUGCUUAAUAAACUUAAAGAGGAGAUGAAGAACUUCGCUCGUCAGUGGAGCGAGACGGGCUGGUCGUGGUCGUGGGCGGUGUGGUGGGGCGCGUGGCACGCGUCGCUGGCGGUGGCCGCGUGUUCUUCUAUGGCGGGCGCUCCCGCUCACGUGGCGCUCGCGCUGUUGUUCUCGCUUUUCGCUGCCAUGUACCUCGGCUUCUAUCUGUUGUGGUACUUAGGGAAUAGAUACGAGUGGUGGUGGGCGGGCGGUAUGGUUGCUGCGUUAGGCCGGCGAUUCAGUUCUUUACUGUUGCUCCUACAAGUUGUUUUCUGUCACCCGCCUGGCCCCAAUGACCCUCGAGCGUUACCCGCAACGCCUAUCAGAUUUCACUUUACAGAGGGUAUGAAGAGUGGUCCGGGCCAGGAGGGCGAGGCUAUGGUUGUACAAAUGUUGGGGAGUCUCGCGGAGGCGUUGGAGUGUCAGUAUGGAAGAGUGUGUACCAGACUGGCGAGGGCGUUCAGACCGAGACCACUGUCAUCGACGUCAGGGUGGAAAUGGCGGAAGGCGUGUUGUAUUCCACAUAUAAUAACAUUCGAGCUGAGCUUCAUAUGUGUUUUACUCGGUGUGUGUGUGCUGGUGUUGUAUCUGACUGACCCUGAGGAAGAUCCAAGUCGUCGUGACGUCCGUCAGGGUGUAAUGGUAGGUGCGUGCGCAGCGGCGGGUGCAGUGCUCCUCGCAAACCUGUACGCGGGAGCACGUGCUCUAGCGGCGCUUGCUUUACCGCCUCGAGCAAGACUCGCACGUGCUUUGAAAAGGGAUCACGCUCACACCGUCGCGUUAAGGCCGGAGGUUCAGGCACUCACUCACACCGUGUCGUGUUUGGACGCGUUCACCGGUCAGCAGACCCGGCUGGUAGUAGUAGUGGAUGCUCUGGACAGCUGUGAGCAAGAAAAGGUUCUUGCGCUACUGAACGCUGUACACGCGUUGUGUUCAGACCCUCGCAGCCCCUUUAUACUACUCCUGGCUAUCGACCCGCACAUCAUCAGCAAGGUUGCUUGGAUGGAGGCGGUAGAGAUAAACAGUCGUCGAGCGUUCUCUGAGAGUAACAUCGGUGGUUGGGACUAUCUUCGUAACAUGGUCCAACUGCCCUUCUACCUACAAAACUCAGCUCUGAGGAGGGUGAAGGUGGCUCAGCAGACUGCUGCUAGACGGAUGCAGGCGCUAGCUGUAGACGACUUCAGUACAUCGUUACAGAGAUCCGUAUCAGCCCGUCGGUUGUCGUCUACAUCAGAGUUGAUGUCCAGUCAGGAGCGUAUCAAGGGUCGCGGGGAGGUACGGGGAGAGGGGGGCCGGGGUCGUCUCCGUCCCUCGGAGUCCGUGGCGUCGUCAGUAGCGUCAGGUCUGCACCGGCCGGCCCCCGCCCCCGCGGGUGCUGCGGACCUGGGCCGGGUGCUGCUCACUGACGAUUACUUCAGUGACGUCAACCCCAGGAGUAUGAGGCGGCUCAUGAACGUGCUUUACGUCACUGGUCGUCUCCUGAAAGCUUUCCAAAUAGAGUUCAACUGGUACCAGCUCGCGUCGUGGGUGAACCUCACAGAACAAUGGCCCUUCAGAACCUCUUGGAUCAUCUAUCAUCAUGAAACAUAUGAAGAACACAUCGAGGAUUCCACUUCACUCAAACACAUCUAUGACAAAGUUAAACCUUCAAUGGGCGGUCUUCGUGAGGCCAGUACAUUGAUCGAGUUGGAUCGUGAUGAGCGUAAACUAGAAGUGUUCCUGAGCUUCCACCGGUCCACACUCACCGCCGCUGAUCUCAAGAUAUUUUUACCGUUCACUAUCAACUUAGAUCCCUACAUCAAGAAAGUUAUUAAAGAGGAGCACGCGCAGGCCGGUGUUGAAGAAGACCUGGGGGCUAGCGGGGCAGCCUCCAUGUACGCGAGCAACAGAACACAGCAGGCUAAACCCUUCCACAAGAAACAGCAGAAAAUCGUGGCUCAGCCCGUCCUGUCUGGUACACAGCAGUGGUCGAACUGGAACCACUCCGCGCCGCAGCCACAGCCGCAGACAUACGUCCAAGAAGCAUCACAAUCACAACCGAUGGCCAUCAACCCCGUCGUGUUACUCAAAACUGCAUUCCCUGGACUAGGCGACGUAUCAACACUACGUCUAUCAACGAUGAGUACGGAGCGUGUGUGCGGUCUGUGUCGCGUGGCGCUGGGCGGGGUGGUGGGGGGUGCGGGAGGGGGCAGCACGGCCGCCGCCGCGCUCAUGAAGCACAGGGUGUGCGGGCUCGUGCUCACCGUGUGUAGGCUGGACGAUCUGAAACCGUUACUAGAGUUGCCGUUCGGUGAUUGGGAGCUAUUCAAGAUGCUCAUAUUGAAUCUACGAGAGCUUGAAGCUAGUAUGCCGAUACACACGCCGGCCGUCACCGUCAUACAGGAGAAGCCAGUUGACGCGGAAAUAGAUUUAAAACAACGACCGCCCCUCGAACACCAAAGAAGUCGGCCUACUAACGUUGAGAAACAGCCUUAUGCGGAAUAUCAGGUAACUCUUGAGGAACAGAUGAUCUGUGGAGCGCUGCAGACCCUCAACGAAGAGGCCAUGGAAGACCUGCUGCAGUCGGAGCCCACAGCCGGGGCUCAACCGACCGCGGAGCGCACGCCCGCUGUCAGCUUCCGCGUGGAGAGUGACGACGACGGACACGUGUCGUUCACGUGUCGUCCGCGGUCCCGCCGGCCGCCGCGCGCCCGGCCUUCCUCGCUGCGCCUGGCCGACGAGCCCACGCCGCGCCUGGCCGCACGGUCCCUCUCCGUGGAGGACUCCCGCACCGGCCCCUCGGCCCUGCGUCACGUCAGCUCGGCCGAGCGCCUCACUCGCCUCAAGGACGAGAUCAUGUCCCGCGACAGAAGCCCGCCUCUAGUCGACGGGCCCGCGAGUGACGACGAAUCAGCGCCGCUGGUGUCCUCACCCCCGUCCACACCGGCUGCUCCCUCGACCGCGUCCCCGCCGGCCGGCUCACCGUCACCGUCACGCACGGAGCCGGUAGGCGCGCGCUCCUUGAACGUGGAUUGCGUGGACCGCAGCUCGCAGGAGAUGACGGCCAGCACGGACUUCUCGCCCCGGUCGGACCUCACGGAGGCGGAGUCUCUGCGGGGCAGCGCGGGCGACCUGGAGCUGCUGCCGGGCGGCAGGAGUAUGAACGGCCCGUCCCGCCGCGGACUGACUCGCAGCGGGAGUGACGCGUCUCUGUCACUGUCCAUGGAACCCUACAACAUGCGGGUGUUGUCGCGCGGCGUCACGGACGGCUCCCGGGGUCUGUGGCGGCAGGACGCGCUGGACUCCAUAGAGAGUGCGCCCCCCUGGCCUCACGAACCUGACUCCGCGGUAUGA